ACAAAGGACUUUAUCAAAUUCCUUGACUAGAACAUGGAAGUUGGAUUAGAUACGUGUUUGUUUUGAUUUUGCAUUCCUUAUGUGGAGUUAACAAAUACACACUAACUAAUCUAAAUAGGCUACCAAACUCUCAUUCGACUGAAAAUGUCUAAACAACAGUUGUUGCGUGAGUUUUUAAAUGAUCGUUUAAUGGCGGCUGCUGUGGAGAUUUUCGGGGAAGUUGAGAAAACGGUAGUAGAAUACCAGGAGGAGAAUGAUCGGCUACGGAGACUGCUGCGGAGGACACCGGGGAAUCAACUAUGUAGAAUAGACUCCCUGCAGCUCUCUGUCUCUGAAGAGGAUGUUCCCCCUGAGCAGCAGCACUGUGAGCAGGAGUGGAGCCCCAGUCUGGGACAGGAGGACCCAGAGCCCACACAGAUUAAAGAGGAACAGGAGGAACUCAGGAGCAGUCAGGAGGAAGAGCAGCUUCAAGGGGUGGAGCCUGAUAUCAUAGAUUUAGAUUUCACUCCUCCCUGUGUGAAAAGUGAAUGUGAUCAGGAGGACCCACUUUGGUCCUUGACUCUUCGUCAAACCAAGACUGUGGAGAACAGAGAGCGUGAAUCUGAACCAGUGGAUCUGAAACCUUUUGGCACUGUGACCCACCUAAGGGGUCUGGACAUUCCCUGUGACCCUCCAGAUAAUCAAAACAAUGCCUCAGCCAUAAGCAGCAACCCAGUAGGACUUGACAGCAGCCCACCAUUGGAUCCCAGCCCACCAUUGGAUCCCAGCCCACCAUUGGAGGAACACUGUUCCAAACCCAGCAUCACAUCUAGAAAAACUCACCACUGCCGUGACUGUGGUAAAACAUUUGCUCUGAAAGCUGAUCUGCAGAGACAUGUGACUCUCACCAAGAAGAGACUCGGUGAAUGUAGAUUCUGCAAAAAACGCUACAACUCUACCUGUAAACUGAAGGCCCAUGUCCGACUCUGUCACAGUGGGAAACCUUGCACCUGCCCUGUUUGUGGCAAGACCUUCAAAUACAAAGGAGUUCUGCCCAAGCACAUGAGGAUUCACCAAGGAGAGAAAUCUUUAAGCCGUGCUGACAGUGAGAAAAGCUUCAGUCACAAGGGUGCCCUAAACUUGCAUAAACUGACUCACACUGGAGAAAAAACAUUUAGCUGUGGUGACUGUGAGAAAAGCUUCAAUCUCAAGAAUAACCUAACCAGGCAUAAACUGAUUCACACAGGAGAGAAAUCAUUUAGCUGUGGUGACUGUGGGAAAAGCUUCAGCCUCAAGAAUAACCUAACCAGGCAUAAACUGAUUCACACAAGAGAGAAACCAUUUAGCUGUGGUGUCUGUGGAAAAAGCUUUAGUCAGAAAGGGGACCUAGGGAGGCACAAACUGACUCACACAGAUGAUAAACCAUUUAGCUGUGGUGACUGCGGGAAAAACUUCAGACAGAAAGGGGACCUAAGGAGACACAUACUGAUUCACACAGGAGAGAAACCAUUUAGCUGUGGUGACUGUGGGAAAAGCUUCAAUCAGAAGGGGGACCUAAGUAGGCAUAGACAGACUCACACAGGAGAGAAACAACAUGGCUGCUCAGUCUGUGGUAAAAGAUUCAUUCGUAAGGCUCAUCUGCUGAAGCAUGUGAAUAACGUCCACAAAGAAAGAAAACAGGAUGAAAACAAGAACAACGAAAAUUAGGAUUAAAAUCUAGUUAGGACAAAGAGGAUCUGCGGUUAGCAGAUGGGAAUUAAAAGGCAGGAUGUGGACACUUAGAAAAACAAAGCAACUCUGGAUUAUUGACGCUGUGGUUUUUCAAAUAAAUGAAUGUGUGAUGGAUUUACUUUUUGUAAAACGUUUUAUACCAAUAAAGUUUCAUUUGAACAAUGAGGUAAUGUUCAAAGAGUAGCAUCCCAGUAUUAUGGGAAUUAGCCAGCUAGCCAUGCCUUGAAAUGGGCAUGGUCUAAUUGAUUCAACAAACAAAAAAACAUAAAUUUAGAUUUUUUUUUUUAAAUGAACCAGAAAAGCAGUAGUUAUUUCUGGUAGCUUAUCAAAGAUCAAUAGCUAAAUCCUUGAUUCUGCUAGGUAGUAGACCCCUCUGCUAUUACGUUAGUCAUUUAGCAGACGCUCUUAUGCAGAACGACUUAAAGGAGCAAUUAGUGUUAAGUGUCUUGCUCAAAGGGUACAUCAACAGAUUUUUCACCAAGUCGGCUCUGGGAUUUGAACCAGCGACCUUUCGGUUACUGGUCCAACCCCCUUAACAGCUAGGCUACCUGCCGAUCCUGUCUGAAGUCUGUUGAUGUUUUCACAUCAUAAAAAAAAUAAUAUAUUUUAUCUGUUUGUUUUGGAAUGUCUCUCGGGGCGAUGAGAGAAUAAUCUAACUGAUGUUAUUGAUACAUAAAAAUAAAAAAAUUCUGUCUGAAAAAAAAUCUUCA